AUGACUUCAAAAACAAAGGAGGAUUUCUUCAAAGCCGUCAAAAUUGGCGAUUUGACGACAGUCCAAGCUUUAUUGGAGUCUAAACAAGUGAGCAUCAAUGACCGUGACGUCAACGGCUGCACAGCUCUCCAUCUGUGUUCUGAUUUGGGCAACUUACACCUGGCUUCUUUACUGCUGAAGCAAGGGGCUGAUGUAAACUUGGAGGACGACCAGCAUCGGACGCCUCUCAAAGUAGCACUGGACCGCUACCACGCCCGACUCUCUCGCCUGCUCAUUCAGAACAACGCACUACCAAUCCCUACCAAACAUCUCAACCAAUCGGAAGCAGUCGAAUCCUUCUUUGUUGCAGCGGGAGAGAACGACGUCAUCAAAGUAAAACAAAUGCUAAACGACAAAAUGGUGGAUGUGGACGCAACUGAUGCGUUCCAUUUCAACGGCACGGCAUUACAUGUGGCUGCUAGGUACGAUUAUGUAGAGUUAGCGAAGGUUUUGGUGGAGUUUGGAGCUGAAUUAGACGUUGAAGAUGAUAUUGGGGAUGAGCCUGUACAUACUGCCAUGAUGCUAGAGAACCAUGGAGUGGCAGACUAUCUGCUUCAGCUAGAGGAAAAGAAGAAGGAAGAUGUAGGGGCCGUGAAGAAACCAGAUGCAAUAAAAGAUGAAGUCUAA